AUGGAGGCCGUGGUAUCCAGCAUGUCGUCCACGCCGACGCUCUACUUCGGCUACGGCAGCAAUCUCUGGCUCCACCAAAUGGCACAGCGCUGUCCGACCUCCGAGUACCUAGGAGUAGCGCGCCUGCCCAACUACCGCUGGAUAAUCAACGACCGCGGCUACGCCAAUGUGGUCCAAUGCCGCGUGCCCAGCGAUACCAAAGACCCGGUCGAGGAAGUCUACGGCCUUGUCUACAGCCUCCUGGAGAACGAUGAAGCGCGACUGGAUGUGAAUGAGGGCGUCCCUAUCGCGUACACGAAAGAGCAUCUGGAAGCCGAGUUUUGGCCAGCGGAGAAGGGGGUUGGGAGUGGCUGGGUUAAUGUUACGAUGGAGCCGCAAAGAACGGAGAUGCUGGUCUAUAUCGACCGCGAACGGACAGAAGACGACGUACCCAAGAAGGAGUACUGUUUCAGAAUAAAUGAAGGCACCAAGGAUGCGUUGAGGUUGGGCGUGCCGCAGGACUACGUGGACCGCGUAAUUAGGAGCUUCAUCCCUGCCAAAAGCGAUAAAGAGGCGGAGCAACUGGCGAGGAAGCAGGCGCUGGACUUUCAAGACGAACGCGAAGAGCCAGCUCCAAUACUUGUUAGAGCUUGA